AUGUCCGAAGGCAAUGUCAAACCGCCCACCAACCCUGUGGUUGCUGAGGCCCACGAGGUUGAUACUUUCCAUCCGCCACAGAAGAUGUUCCUCAAACAUCCCAGCAAGCCUCAUUUGAGCGGCUUGGACGAAUACCAGCAGCUGUACAAGGAAUCCAUCACCCAGCCCAAGAAAUUCUGGGCGAAGCAAGCUCGCGAGCUUCUGACAUGGCAGCGAGAUUUCCAGACCGUGCACUCGGGGAGCCUCCAGAACGGCGACAACGCGUGGUUCUUGGAGGGCCAGCUCAAUGCUUCCUACAACUGCGUAGACCGACACGCGAUCAAGCACCCCAACAAGGCCGCCAUUAUCUACGAGGCUGACGAUGCGGCAGAUGGGCGCACCCUCACAUAUAGCGAGCUUCUAAGAGAAGUCUGCAAGACCGCUCACGUUUUGAAGCAGAUGGGUGUGAAGAAGGGAGACACCGUGGCCAUCUACCUCCCCAUGAUUCCCGAGGCGCUCAUUGCCUUCCUAGCCUGCGCACGCAUCGGCGCCGUCCACUCUGUCGUCUUCGCCGGUUUCUCCUCUGACUCCCUCCGCGACCGUGUCAUUGAUGCACAAUCCAAGGUGGUCAUCACAACCGAUGAGGGCAAGCGAGGCGGAAAGUUGAUUGGAACGAAGAAGAUCGUUGAUGAUGCCCUGAAGCAAUGCCCAGAUGUUACGCACUGCUUGGUGUACAAGCGUACGGGUGCUGAGGUCCCGUGGACCAAGGGCCGUGAUUGGUGGUGGCAUGAGGAGGUUGAGAAGUGGCCCGCCUACAUUGCCCCUGAGCCAAUGAACUCGGAAGACCCGCUUUUCUUGCUCUAUACGUCUGGAUCUACGGGCAAGCCCAAGGGUGUGAUGCAUUCCACUGGUGGUUACCUCGUUGGUGCUGCUUGCACUGGAAAGUACGUCUUUGACAUUCAUGAUUCCGACAAGUUCUUCUGCGGCGGUGAUGUUGGGUGGAUCACUGGCCACACCUACGUAGUCUAUGCUCCCCUCCUGCUGGGUGUUGCGACCGUCGUCUUCGAAGGAACCCCUGCCUAUCCCGAUUUCUCCAGGUACUGGGAGGUCAUUGCCAAGCAUGAGGUGACCCAAUUUUAUGUUGCUCCAACCGCCCUGAGAUUACUCAAGAGAGCGGGUGAUAAGUACGUCAAGCAUGAGAUGAAACAUCUCAGAGUCUUGGGAUCCGUCGGAGAGCCAAUCGCUGCCGAGGUCUGGAAAUGGUACUUUGAGAUUGUUGGAAAGGAGGAAGCUCAUGUCGUUGACACAUACUGGCAAACCGAGACGGGCUCCCACGUUAUCACUCCUCUUGCCGGUGUUACUCCCACCAAGCCAGGCAGUGCUUCCCUUCCUUUCUUUGGCAUCGAACCCGCGAUCAUCGACCCUGUCUCCGGAGAGGAGAUUCAUGGGAAUGAUGUUGAAGGUGUUUUGGCCUUCAAGCAACCAUGGCCUAGCAUGGCCCGCACAGUUUGGGGCGCACACAAGAGAUACAUGGAUACAUACUUGAAUGUGUAUAAGGGAUACUACUUCACGGGCGACGGAGCAGGACGCGACCACGAAGGCUACUACUGGAUCCGAGGCCGUGUUGACGAUGUUGUCAACGUUUCCGGCCAUCGUCUGUCUACUGCCGAGAUUGAGGCUGCGUUGAUCGAGUACCACGCCGUCGCUGAAGCGGCUGUGGUUGGUAUCUCUGAUGAGCUCACUGGCCAAGCCGUUAACGCCUUCGUUGCCAUCAAGGACGGUAAUGAGAUCAACGAUCAACUGAGAAAGGAUCUCAUUCUCCAAGUCCGAAAGAGCAUCGGUCCCUUCGCAGCUCCCAAGGCAAUUUUCGUCGUCCCCGAUCUACCCAAAACUCGAAGUGGAAAGAUUAUGCGUCGUAUCCUGAGAAAGAUUCUUGCUGGUGAGGAAGACCAACUCGGCGACACAUCCACUCUGUCCGAUCCCAGUGUCGUAGACAAGAUCAUUGAGGUUGUCCACCAAUCCAAGAAGAAGUAA